CUAGCUGAAGUCACGAGUCAGAUAAGGAUAAGAUAAGGAGGUAGUGAUAGUGGAGUGAUGGGGCCUGUGAAGGUGUCUGGGGGGCGCUCUUGUGAUGUGUUGUGCAAUGUGAGGUGUUGCGUGUUGGGUCGAUAUGCAUGUGCAACAGUGGCAAGUGUUGAUGCGUCGUGCAUGUGCAACAGUUUCAAGUGUUGAUGCGUCGUGCAUGUGCAACAGUGCCAAGUGUUGAUGCGUCGUGCAUGUGCUACAAGUAAAUACAUUGUUUUUUGCGAUAGGAAGACUUGAGUGCGGAGAGGCCCCGUGCUGGUAUGGCGGAGUCAGGGACCCCAGCACGCACUCCUCCUUACAAAACUAUCUUCGACAGGUACCACGAAGCUGUCAAGGUCGUGGCCCAGACAGAAAUGUGCCGCGUGUUCCUCUGGCUGUACAAGGAAGAUGGACAGCACGUUGGAGAUUACCUGAAGCUCUUUCCAAAGUACUGGAAUCGUCUCAACAAGGACCAGAAAGAUCAGUUGGAAAAAAAGGAUCCGCCGACCGCUAUGGAUAUUUCGCUGUUAUAUUGCUUACUGCAAUGGACGUGUGGCUUAGCAGGCGACACAGAGAAGAUUUCGAAUGACCCAAAGGACACAGACGCCGAUAGUUUGGAACACUCGUUGUACCUGCUUAAGGAAGAACGAAAUAAUAUAAGCCACAUGACGCCGCAAGAGAUGAAACGUAUGUCUCACAACGAGCUUGACUCUAAAUUGAAUGACGUACAUAAACUCUGUUGUAGGAUUCUCACAGAAGCAGCCCGACGAUGUGGGAGACACAGCGAACUCGUACGUUACACCGACGGUCUCAGUUCUAAGCUCCAAGAACUCAAAGUCACCUCACCUGAAGAGUUCGUUGAGCGAGCGAGGCAGGAAAGGCUGAGGAUUCGGCGGGGGGAGGAGCAGGAAGGAGGGGAUAGGCAGGAGAGUUGGUACCUGACGCCUAUGUUGACCUGUCAGGGCGCUGACGUCCCUAUGGCAGACCUCCUGAGGUGUCGUCGCGACCUCCCUUCCGUCAUCCUGGUGAAGGGGGAGGCAGGGGUCGGCAAGACCUCUCUCUGCCAAACUCUGGAUUGCUUAACUGAGAAUCAAACUGCCAGACAGACCAGGAGGAUCUACCUCAUUUUAAGUACCUGGGAGCCACCAGUACCUGGGAGCCACAAGUACCUGGGAGCCACCAGUACCUGGGAGCCACAAUGGGCGCGGAAGCCUCCCCCGAGCCUCUGGACGUGGACCACCAAGCCAGCACAGUGACCUUCGGCAGGAAGGGCGGGUGCUACGUCACCAAGCCCGUGGGGGUGAUGCUGGCGAUGGUCUUCGUCAGCGUGUUGGUGGCCACGGGCCUCCUCGUCUACUACUUCGCUCCCAGCGUCAGGUACUCCACGCGGCCCUCCGCUAAGAUCACCGCCCGCCCUCCACCCGUUCAAAAUAUCCCUGGACCCAUGAUCAGGACCGAGAUGGUAUUUCAGAAUGCAUCUCGAGCCGUGCCUUCUCCAGCAGCCACGACCAGCACGACUUUACGUAUGGACACGGACACCGGUGUCCACAGCGACCCGUCCAAGACCUCCCAUAAGGACGCAGCGGAACCUACCACGGAACCCACAGCACGCAAGAGGAGGCCGGACGUGAGGCUGCCGAGAGCCCUGAAGCCUCUACGGUAUUUGGUCAAACUUCAGCCCUUCAUUAACGGCGACUUUAGCAUCAGAGGUUACGUGGAGGUGGAGAUGGAGGUGCUCGAGGCCACCUCCAACAUCACUCUGCACAUCCACAACAUCGUCACCAAGAAUGACACUGUUAGAGUUAUGUCAAGCGACGACCCCCUGAGACGGGGUCCUGUCAUCCUCCGUCACACGUACGACCCAGUGCGACAGUUCUACGUAGCCAGCCUGGCCGAGCCCCUGGAGGUCGGCAAGAAGUACGUCCUCUCCAUGGCCUUCCUCGGCCACCUCAACGCUCAACGCAAAGGCUUCUUCAAGUCCAACUACCAAGACGCCGAUGGCACUAAUAGGUGGAUGGCAGCGACUAUGUUCCAGCCUACAGGAGCGAGAAGGGCCUUCCCGUGCUUCGACGAGCCGGGACUCAAGUCUACCUUCGAGGUCUACCUGGCGAGGGAGGAGCACAUGACCUCCCUCUCCAACAUGCCGUUGCUGGAGUCCCUGCCCAUGGAGGGGCAGCCCGGGUGGGUAUGGGACCACUACCCUCCCAGCGUGCCCAUGUCCACAUACCUCGUCACCUUUGCUGUCUCUAACUUCACACACAUCAAAGCCACCUACGACGACAGGGUUCUGCUCAGAGUGUGGGCUCGUCAGGAGGCCAUUGAGCACGCCCACUACUCCCUCGAGCUGGGGCAGAAGAUGCUGGGCUUCUACGAGCGCUAUUUCGACUUGGCGUAUCCCUUGCCUCAGAUGGACGCCAUCGCUCUCCCCGAGAACUUUGGGGGUAUGGAGAACUGGGGCCUCAUCCUCUACGGGGAGGCCGCGUUGCUCUACGAGGAAGGGGUGUCCUCGGCCAGAGACAAACAGUACAUAGGCACCAUAGUCGCCCACGAAGUCGCUCACCAGUGGUUCGGUAACCUGGUCACGCCCAAGUCGUGGACCGGACUCUGGCUCAACGAGGGAUUCGCCACCUUCAUGCAGUACCUUGCGGUCGACCAGGCGGAGCCCACCUGGAAGGUGUUCGACCAAUUCGUCUUCAACAGUGUUCAAGACUCGUUCGCCAUCGACUGUCUGGAGAGUUCCCACCCGAUACACAUCCCUGUUGAGCACCCAGACGACAUCGUCCAGAUCUUCGACAAGAUUACCUAUCGCAAGGGUUCUUCGCUAAUUCGCAUGAUGUCUCAUUUCCUGACGGAGAGGACCUUCAGAGCUGGCAUCACCAACUACCUCACUGCAUUCCAGUACUCCAACUCUGACCAGGACGAGCUGUGGGAGUACCUGACGGAGGCUGCCCUUGGCGCUCAGGUCCUGCCAGAGGGGACGACAGUGAAGGUGGUGAUGGACUCCUGGACCCUCAAGAUGGGCUACCCCGUCAUCCACGUCGCCAGGAGCGGUGACGGCUCCGUCGCCACCCUCACCCAGGAGCGCUUCCUGCUGGGGAACAGGAGGAACGAGAGCGCGAGUGAUAAUUACAGGUGGUGGGUGCCCUUGACUUACACCGGCGGAGACAACCCGGACUUCGAGGUCACCCAGCCCGUGGCGUGGAUGGCCGACACUGAAGGACAGGUCACCCUCUCCUCCCUGCCGGGUCACAGCCACUGGGUCAUCUUCAACCUGCAGCAGACCGGGUACUUCAGGGUCAACUACGACGAUCAUAACUGGGACCUGAUCAUCGAGCAGCUUCUCACCGACCAUCGGGUCAUCCAUACUCAGAAUCGAGCCCAGAUUAUCGAUGAUGCCUUGGACUUGGCCCGGGCUGGUCACCUCUCCUACGACACUGCCCUUCGCGUGACCAGGUACCUGCCCAGGGAGAGGGACUACGUGCCCUGGGCCUCAGCGCUGGACAAUCUCCAGUACCUGCACGCCAUGUUCACCCACUCUGCUGACUACGGCGCUCUGAGGAAAUAUCUGCUUGAAUUAGUCGUCCCUCUAUACGAGUCGGCGGGCUUCGAGGACGACUUGAAGGACGAGCACCUGGCGCAGUACAAGAGGGCCCUGGCGGUGUCAUGGGCGUGCAAGCUGGAGUACAAGCCUUGUGUGGACAGCUCUCUCACACUCUUCCACCAGUGGAUGUUCAACCCCAAUAACCAGAGCAUCAUAUCCCCUAACCUGAGGAGCACCGUGUACUGCACCGCCGUGGCUGCAGGAGGUCAGAGCGAGUGGAACUUCACCUGGGCGCAAUACCUCGCCUCCAGCAUCACUUCAGAGAGACAAAAGCUCCUGGACGCCCUUGGCUGCUCCAAGCAGAUCUGGCUCCUGACGCGGUUCCUGGAGAUGGUGUUCAGCGGGGCUGGAGGCAUUAAGAAGAGUGAGACGAGCAGAGCGUUCUCCUCCGUCGCCAGAAACCCCCUGGGACAACACCUCGUCUGGGACUACUUCAGGAACAAUUGGCACCAUAUUAAGGAAAGUACCGUGGGGAUGAGUAAUAAGAACUUCAUCAAGCGAGCCACCGAGGCACUCAAGACACACUCGGAGCUGGAGGAGCUUCAGGCCUUCAAGGUGCAGCACACAGACAGUCUAACGUCGGUGGCGAUGGUGAUGGACCAGGCCCUGGAGAUGGUGGCCAACAACGUCCAGUGGUUGGACACCAACUAUGGCCCCAUUGUGGAGUGGAUCACAACCACGCCGGCCCCGCACUGAACGCUGGCUUGUUAAUGUAGUGUAGCUGUGAUUGCUGUUGAUUAUUGCAGGGGUGGGGGGGGGGGG